CCAACAACUAAGUCAAGAUGAAGCAGUUCGUAGUGUUCGCUAGUGUGUGCUGUGUCCUGUUGGCAGGACGUGUCGUGCUCUCGGCACCAGCCCCGCAGGCCCCAACAGCUACCAGGACCGGUGCGAACGAAGUGCAAACGGUGCGGUACAACAGCGAGAACAACGGGCUUGAUGGUUACAAGUUUACCUACGAGCUGAGCGAUGGUCAGAUCCGCUCGGAAGUCGGAACGUACCGUGAUGUGAAGGAUGCAGAGGGCAAGGACGUGAAGGCACUGUUCGUGCAGGGUUCGUACUCGUUCGUCGGUCCGGACGGUCAGACGUACUGGGUGAACUACACCGCCGAUGAGAAUGGUUACCAUCCGAAGGUCGGAACUGGCCCAACCGGUGGCAUCCAAUCGGGCCAGGAUGCUCCGAUUGCGAGCGCUUAAACAAGCGGUGUCCUUUAGUUUUACCAGCCAGCCAGCCAGCCAGCCAGCGAGACAGCCAGCGAGCCAACCAGAACGUCAGUUAGUCAGUCAGAAGUCAGAACCUUUCGUCCCGGGGGGACUGUCCUCGGAGCGUACUCAGUGGAUUGCAAGAAGACGAACGAAGGAACGAGCGAGCUGCACAGGAGCAGCGGUGGAAUAGCCCACGAGGAAGACGAAGAUGACCACGAAUGCGUGCAAUGCGCGUGCAUGCGCUAAGUCAGUGGCACCAAGUUUCCUAGACUCUUACGAGCGAUGAGUUCGAGAUGUAAA